CUAAUACAUUUCUCUUACGUCUCUCUAUUUAAAGCUACCCCUCAUUCCUCUGUUUUAUGCUUUCUUCACACGCUCCUAAUUUACUUCACGCCUCGUUACAUCAUUUUCUCUGGCAACUACUGCUGCUUCUUCUUCUUCUGCACUCCCCCAUUACAUCAUUUCCUUUACAACUACUACUUCUUUUUCUCCACAUUUACACAAAGAUAUACACAACAGAAAACCGUGCUUAUUGCAAGUUCCCAAUACUUGUAGGCAUGAUUCGACUUUGGUUUCUAUUUCAGUGAUUCGACUUUGAUUGAUUUCUGUCUCACACCUCUGGAAUCUUAUCGUACGUUCUACAUAGAUGAGUGUGAAGAACGUCAGAGUCCUCUCUGACCUUCAUUCUUUUAUUAUUGGUUGACAAGUCAGUUUCGAUUUAUCAGCUUCUCUCAAUUAUAAAGUUUCCAUCAAAUCGUCUCUGUCUCACUAGUAACCAAGUCCCCCCAACCAAUUUCUUCUAUUCAUCUUUAAUUUCAGGCAGAAAAAGUGAAAUAACUCACGCCAUUACUACUACUACUACGUACAAAUUCUGUGCAUUUUGAUAAUACUACUAGGAGUAGUUUGCAUAUAUCAAUCAUGGGAAAUUGCCAAGCGGCAGAGGCGGCAACAAUGGUGAUUCAACAUCCAGGUAACAAAGUGGAGAAAAUUUACUGGUCUACAACUGCACAUGAAGUCAUGAGCUCAAAUCCUGGCCAUUACGUCGCCCUUGUUAUCUCUUCUCCAACUGAUCAGAGAACACACAAUGGUUCCCCCGUGAGACAGCUCAAGCUUCUCCGACCCGGCGAUACUUUACUUCUUGGCCAAGUUUAUCGACUCAUCAGCUUCGAAGAUGUACUGAAAGAGUUUGCAGCAAAGAAGUGCAUGAAACUUGGCAAGUUAUUAAGGGAAAGUGGAGGCCUUGUUCUUGAUUCCAAGAAAAUCUCGACCGAUCCGCCAGCAGUGAACGCCAAGCCGAGAUUGGUGAAUGGGAUCCCAGCUAAGAUGGAGCAUGAGACUUAUCAACAAGGAAGUAGCAGCAGCAGCAGUGGGCAGAGGAGUGUGGUGGGAAGACAUAAUGGUGGGGGGCAAUGGAAACCAGCCUUACAGAGUAUUGCAGAGAUAGGAACUUGAACUCACUCACCCCAAGCAGAAGUGCCACUCCUAUCUCAAUUACAUAUUUUCCUAGCUAGGCUAAGCCUUUCCAAAAUAAGAAAUUGGCUUUUCUCAAAUAUUCCUACUUUAGUUUAGAAAAUUAAACCCACUUAAUUAGUACAAUGGGAGUUGAUGUUUGACGGACUCGCUCUAAAGAAUUGUAGUUUAGCUUAUUUUCAAGUUUGACGUAAUUAAACAAUUACUGCCAUUUGUUUCUA